AUGUCCGUCAGUGCAGAGGAGGUUGCCAAGCACAACAAGGACAGCGACUGCUGGGUGAUCGUAGGGGACCAGGUGUUGGAUGUGACUAACUUUCUCGCCGAUCAUCCCGGUGGCAAGAAGUCGAUCAUGAUGUUCGCCGGAAAGGACGCGACCGAGGAGUUCGACAUGCUCCACGACCGCAAGGUGAUCAAGAAGUAUGGCCUGGAUGAGGAGGUUGCCAAGCACAACAAGGCCUGGGAGCAUCCGAGAAUCCUGAGAAUGAAGGACAGCGACUGCUGGGUGAUCGUUGGGGACCAGGUGUUGGAUGUGACUAACUUUCUCGCCGAUCAUCCCGGUGGCAAGAAGUCGAUCAUGAUGUUCGCCGGAAAGGACGCGACCGAGGAGUUCGACAUGCUCCACGACCGCAAGGUGAUCAAGAAGUAUGGCCUGGAUGAGGCGUACUGCGGUGCUUGCUUGCGUUUCGUACAGUCUCGCGCAGCUUGUGAGGAGGUUGCCAAGCACAACAAGGACAGCGACUGCUGGGUGAUCGUUGGGGACCAGGUGUUGGAUGUGACUAACUUUCUCGCCGAUCAUCCCGGUGGCAAGAAGUCGAUCAUGAUGUUCGCCGGAAAGGACGCGACCGAGGAGUUCGACAUGCUCCACGACCGCAAGGUGAUCAAGAAGUAUGGCCUGGAUGAGGUUGCCAAGCACAACAAGGCCUGGGAGCAUCCGAGAAUCCUGAGAAUGAAGGACAGCGACUGCUGGGUGAUCGUUGGGGACCAGGUGUUGGAUGUGACUAACUUUCUCGCCGAUCAUCCCGGUGGCAAGAAGUCGAUCAUGAUGUUCGCCGGAAAGGACGCGACCGAGGAGUUCGACAUGCUCCACGACCGCAAGGUGAUCAAGAAGUAUGGCCUGGAUGAGGGCACGGUUGUGCUGAAGGGCACGAUCAAGAAGUGA